AUGUCUGGGAUACAGACGACGGGGCCUCCCAAGCGCCCGAGGACACAGCCGAUCACUCGUGUUAGGACCGGCUGUUUUACCUGCAGACGCCGCAAAAAGCGCUGCGACGAGACGAAGCCAGUCUGCGGCGGAUGUGUUCGAAACAAGCUCAACUGCGAGUGGCCGGCCAGCGUCUGUGUCGACAGAGCGGCGACAUCGAGGCUUCGAGGCGUCUUUCAGGAUCGAUCGUCCCAGACAAUUGAACAGGUGCCGCAGUACGACUCGGCCAGCUCGCUCGUCCAAUCUUUCGGCGACAGUUCUUCAUCUGUCCGGAGCGAGGAGCUUUCGCCUCAUGGAACAACAGAGAAUUUCGUUUCAUCACCCACGCCCACGGGGCCCGAGGAACCUCCAUAUCAACUGCAGGAGUCUUCGUGUACCAGCCAGGAAUUGGAGGUUCGCACCAGAAGGCCGCCCGCGGAGGAAGAGGAGUGCAUCCCUCGCCAGCUGUCGUUGCUGCCAGGGUACGACGAAGAGUCUUUCCAGCUUCUAAACCACUAUCUAGCUACGACGGCGGACUGCAUGGCCAAUGGGUCAACACCGAUCAAUCCCUUCUUGGUCCAGAUCGUCCCACUGGCUUUUUCCAGUGAUCUUUUGCUCCAGCUCGUCUUGACACAGAGUGCCGCUCAUCGAGCCUUCCGGCGGCGAGACGAGUCGGACACAGUUGCACAAAACCAUUAUGGCAAAGCCUUGCAACGAUUCAGGAAAGGCGUCACCGAGUUCAUCGAGGGCAAAGAGUCAAAUUCUCUCUUGCUGACUGUAGGGGCGCUAUUAAUGUGCUUCACCGAGACAGCUAAAGGCGAUAUGAACGGCGCAAUUUUCGAUCAUCUCACAGCUGCAAACUCACUACUGCUGCGCCUCCUGUCGCAGAGUGACGCCGCUGUGCCGAAAGAUCUCAAAGAAUUCGUUAUCGAGUAUUACACAUACACGGCAUCAGUGAGCAUGAUCUCGAUUGAUGCUCGAGCAAGCCCUCAGCUGCUUCUUGAUCUGGACCUUGAACAACGGGCACGGGAACUCCUGACUCGGGAAUACGUUGGCAACCUCUGUGGGUGCUGGUUGGAACUUCUCCUCUUGGUUCCAUGCAUAUUUGAACUGGGUCGGCAGUGGAUGACGAGCGACGGGGUGCCCAAAAUGCCCACCGCCGAUGAUCUUGCCAUGUUUGCCUCCAUCCAAGGCCAAAUCUUGCGCUGGUCACCGUACCCGUCCGUCACGCCAGACGUGUUUCAAGCCGGUCGGAUCUUCCAGCAAGCCAUGCUCAUAUAUUUGUUUACGUCGCUGAACUGCUUCAACCGACUGGAAAAUGGGAUGCACCAGUCAAUGAUCGAUACUGCGACCAUAGCAGCUAUGUCUUACCUUGACCAGCUUUCUCCUACAGCUCGCAUCAACUCAGGACUGUGCUGGCCCAUCGCUGUGGUUGGGUCAUGCUUAAAUGACCCUAUGCAACAGGAAACCCUCAGGCAUCGACUAAAUGUCAUGGUGGAUACUUUUGGGCUAGGGAACAUGCAGAGGACGCUUCUCUUACUGGAACACAUGUGGGAAAUGCCCCGUAAUGAAUGCGGGCCGUGGAAUAUCUCCCUGGCAAUGCAACGAAAUCAAAUCUGGAUAUCAUUUGCAUGA